UAACUGGAUUUAAUCAACGCGAGUCUGGAGCUCGUGGGUGGAGUUACUGAAACUUGAAUUAUUUCGUAUACAAACUUUACCUUGAAAACUCUCUCCUUGAAUAAUCUUUUAUUCAAAUUUCUUUGUUGUUUUGUACCGUAAUGAUAACAUUCUUUAUCACAUCUGAUAAGCCUUAUCGUGGGUAUCGAGAGCAGCAGUUGUGUGUAGGCCCAGGGUUGUAGAUUCAGACUCGCCCGUUGUUUAACACACAAAGCGGAUACGUCUGAUAUACUCCAGUUUUAUUAAGAGAUUAUACCUUCUGUGAAUGAACAUUUAUGUGCAAAAAUAGUUUUACGCGUUCGCCUGAACUUGAGGCAACGCGUGUAUUAUGUUUGUGCAUGGGGAAGCAGUAGCAGCUGCGUGUUGGGGUGUAUGUGGGGGACAGCAGCGUUGAGGGGAGGAGGCGGUAUCGGUCGAUAUCAGAUAUCAUGGCGUUGGUAUCGAAGGUGGGGGUUCGUUCCAAGCUCGGCCUCACUUCCUUCCCAACCUCCGCUAUACCAUCACAGCUUCUCGCUCUCUUCCGCUCCGUAUUUCGAGUUCUCUUGAUACUGAGUGCCGCAACACAGUGUAGUGUUUACGUGUCCUCGAUUGAUGCGGGUGUUCCGUGUUUACAUUUAAGUGCUUUAGGUGUAUUUUGUGCGUGAUAUUCUUCUGUAAUGGCGGCAGCUGAGAGCGCCAUUGAUAGUGGGCUGGUAUCGAACUUACCGAAUAUCGGAGCCAAGCCAGUAUCGGAAACUUGCGCCGCUGCCUCCGUAUCUUCUUCUGUUGAAACGAGUGACGAGGUUGCCGCUGCGUUCGCUGCUGCGUGCGCCUCAAACUCUUUCAGCGGAGACUCAGUUGGUCCUGGCACUGCUCCUGCUUCAGGUGUUGCUGCCUCGUCUGCGAAUUCAGGACGAAGAACUUCACGCGUUUGGCUCUAUUUUAGCAUGAUUGACAACUACCACUACGCCUGCAAACUAUGCCAGUUCGUAGGCACGUACACCAAUACGACCAACAUGCGCAAGCAUAUACAACACCACCAUCCAGAACGGUACCAGGACAUUCUUGAUCAUACCCGUCACAUCACUCGACCAAAUCUACAACACUAUUGCCCCAUGGAGAACUCUCAGCAGCAGCAACUUUCUUUAGCCGGUACUCCAGAUCUACAAAUGCAAUAUAGAACUGGAGAAAGAAGCGUUCCUGUCAGCUAUCAAAAUUAUCUGCAAAUUCCAUCACACCUUCCUUUUGCUCAUCCAAUGCCUUUUGAAGUGCCAGAAAAGUCUCCGGCAGAAGUCAAACCCUUCGUUGUCGGUCACAAUCGCUUCACUGGCCAGCUAGGAACGCUCGCUAACUCCAGUGUUGCUGCCACCAUGUGCAACAACAACCAAAGUGGCGCUCCUAAACGUCGAUUCGAUGAGACCUUUGCCAAUAAAAAGUAUGAGAACACUGCGGCUCGCUCUAGUGGCCUACGUGGCCAUCGCUCAAAUGUUGUGAACGUACGCAAUUUUUCAUACGAUGAGCAAGAGGAUAUGAGAGGUGCCUCUGCCGAAUCUCCUGCAGGGCCUGAAUCAAUGGGAAUGGAAUUUUCUGCUCGCUAUAAGCAAUUUGUCUCGUCGCAUUCUUCUCAGGUUAAGACGCGGAUAAAUUCAUCUGAAGGUUUUGACUCGCUUAAGAAUGAAAGUCAAGACGGUGUCGUUGGCCAGCGGUCUAUGUUGCAAGACGACAACGGCGAGCUAUCCUCGGGGGGAGGUUCGGUGGGUCUAAGCGGCAUUGAGGCCGUGGUGGCUGCGGCCGCCGCUGCCGCAGCGGCUGCGGGGGACCCUGGGCCGGCCGUGAGCGGAGCCUCGCAGACCUCUACGGACAACCACAUGAUGAUGGGGGGCGGGGCUAUGACGUCAUCAAUCAGCAGCUCUGCCGCGGCCAGGGAAGCCGCCAUCGGCAUGAGUCCUCCAUCGGUUACAUCGCCCAAUAAACCAGAGAGCUACCAGCUGCGCCACAACAACCACCUGAGCUUGGUGCUCAACCAACUGGCUGAAGACGAAGCCUUUAUGGACGUAACACUCACGGCUGAGGGACGCUCUGUGAAGGCACAUAAGAGCGUGCUGUCAGCAGUGAGUCCUUAUUUCUCUGCCGUGCUGCGUGCUAACCCGUGUCAGCAUCCUAUCAUCAUCAUGCCACGAGACGUGCGAUAUGCUGAACUUUCCAACAUCAUCAUGUACAUUUACAAGGGCGAAAUGACGGUGUCGGCUGAAGACCUGCCAUCCCUCCUGAAGACCGCCGAACUUUUGCGGAUCACUGGACUAAGUCCAGGCGAGAACGCGACAUCUUCGCAACAACCCCUGACGCGCACCACUAACCUCUCCUCCUCAUCCUCCACCGUCACCGCCAACUCUUUCGCGGGACUCUUCAACGGAUCCAUGAAUCCUACCUCUACCUCCUACAGCACACCUCCUCACUCUGAGUCAUCUCGAGUCCUAGGCUCGCCCCGGCACGAGCAUCUCCUGCAGACAACGCCUAUCAAAAAGUCCAGCGGCAGCUGCCUUGCCAAAGCUACUCCCGUUAGAAUCGAGUCGCCCACACCAGAUCCUACGAUGCUUAAUCCUUCAGAUUUUAUGGACCUUGACAUGACUUGCGUUAAAGAGGAACUCAACAGCGAGGAAGAAGAUGAGGAAGACAUCCCCAAGUCCCCUAGUCCGAAGGAGGUAACGACUCCACCGCCAGUAGAGAACCCACUCUCCUCAGACUCACGGGACCGUCACCCUCCUGAUGCCCGCCUUGACCAAGAAGACCCUGACACUCAACCGAACCUGGAAGCCGCUUCCGACGACCAUGACUCUUCUCACCUGCGCCAAUCAUCACAUCAGUCGAGCUCAUCUCCCGCCGGCCAGCGCGAAGACUCGGAUAACGAAAUUAAACGCAGCUCAUUGAAAACUCUCGCCAAUCUCGCCAGCCUAGAUACCCCGACCAACUUAUCGCCCUGUGACGACUCUUCUUCUUCGUCAUCAUCUUCUCUGCCUGAUACCAGUGAAAUUCUGCCUAACGUUUGUCCGUAUUGUUCUGAGUACGUUGUUGGCAAUGACAUGAGCUCUCACCUAUCGACCAAACAUGCUUUCAAACCAGCGUUCAUUUGUUCAGAAUGCCAGAGGGUGUUUACAAGGAAGAAUGUGCGAGAAAUGCACGCCAAAGAUUGUAAAAAAGAAACCUAGGUAUGAAUACAGUGUUCUGACUCCAUAUUGCCUGAUAUUAAUUCGGGGACAUGGACAGUAUUGAAAGCGCUUUAUAAUCGAAAUACCUUCAAAUUAUCUAUACGACUUGUAUAUAAGAUACGUUCAGUAAAUUGAAAUCUCCCACCACCAGCAGAUAUUAUGUAGGUUAAAUAUUCUGUGCAAAUGCGUUCAAAAAGUGUCUGAUUGAUAUCUCACUAAAUAAAUCGUUUAUAGGAUGUAUAACUUCAACCAUUUAAGAUGAACAUUUGUUUGUUAUUUUUUGAGCAGUUCAAUAAAUCAUUUUAAAUUCUAAGAAAUAGGUACGUACGAAAAACAAUAAUCACUUUCAAACUGUGAGCAGCUAUAAUAAUUUUUGGAUCUUUACUGUAUAGAUAGAUUAAAAAGUUUUUCAUUAUUUUCCAAGUAUUGUCGUCCUUUAAAUUACCAUAAGUAAUUUACUUGUUACUGAAUAUUAUUUAAAAACAACUGCUAAAUUAUGACAAUUAUGACACAGAUUGCCGUGCAUGACUGCAUUGGAUCGCACCGCGUAACGCGUUUAUCGGCGAGCUGCGACACAAAAUGUUUCAUUUGUCAAGCCCUGAAAUGUGGACGCUUAGUGACUACAGAAUGGAAGUGUUGAGUUAUGAAAACAGCUAUGCAUCAUCAUCCUUUUUCCACGGUUAGAGGCCUUGUAAUUCAUAGCAUAACGCUAUUUUUUAACGGUUUUGCGAUGUUCUCAAAGUCUGAUGUUAAUAUUUAUCUUCAAUAUUUGUGAGUGUUUUCUGUUUCAAGUUUUCGUGAAGUAUUUGUAUGUAUUUCUUACGUGGUGCUGUUGUACAUUGUAAAAUGUGCUUGUCUAGUACAUUUUAAGUGCAAUUUGUAGUAAUGUAUAUUUACUUUAGAUGACAGUUUAUGAAAUAUUUGUCGCUUUUAACAGUAUUUUUGUCAGCAUGGAUCGUUAUAUUCUAAGAAAAUUGAGGGAAAACAACAAUUUUGUCACAUUUGAUAAUUGCUUGAAAAAAAUAUGCUCCUAAUAACGUCAUCGCAAUUCUGUUAAUACUUAUAGUAUACUACUAUGUAAGAUAAUAAGAGUAUUGUAGUUAUACAAUGUGCAAGCAGUAGUGUCUUAAGGAUAACUUUUCUGUGAAUAUUUCUUUUUGACUUAAUCUUAGUGUAAAAUAAACGUGCGAAAAGAA